CUUCCGGCCAUCCGGUGGCGGUAUGUGAAGCUGGUUCGCAUUUACAACACCAACGAAGAAGAAGAAGCUAAUCUGUGGUGUUAGCAAACCCACAAUAAAUAAACAGAAAAACUAACACGGUAGCAAAAUGUCAGCGGAUACUAAGAUUGCCGAGCUGCUCACAGAGCUCCAUCAGCUCAUCAAACAGACCCAGGAGGAGAGGUCACGCAGUGAACAUAAUCUGCUCAACAUUCAGAAAACACAUGAGAGGAUGCAGACGGAAAACAAAACUUCUCCAUAUUACCGCACCAAGCUCAGAGGACUGUACACCACAGCCAAAGCAGAUGCUGAGGCAGAGUGCAGCAUUCUGCGUCAUGCUCUCGAUAAAAUUGCAGAGAUCAAGUCGUUGUUGGAGGAGAGGAGAAUAGCUGCUAAGAUGGCGGGGGUGUACAGCGACAGCGACCCUCCCAGGAAGACGAUGCGGCGCGGCGUCCUGAUGACGCUCCUCCAGCAGUCUGCCAUGACGCUCCCUCUGUGGAUCGGCAAGCCGGGGGAGAGCCCGCCCCCUCUGUGCGGGGCGACCCCUGCCAGCAGCGAUUACGUGGCCAAACAGGGCGACAAGGUGGCGGCGAGGGUGAAGGCCGUGGACGGAGACGAGCAGUGGAUCCUGGCCGAGGUGGUCAGCUACAACCACUCCACCAACAAGUAUGAAGUGGACGACAUCGAUGAAGAAGGCAAAGAGAGACACACUCUGAGCAGACGGAGGAUCAUCCCUCUGCCUCAGUGGAAGGCCAACCCGGAGACGGACCCAGAGGCUCUGUUCAGUAAGGACCAGCUGGUGCUGGCCCUCUACCCCCAGACCACCUGCUUCUACAGGGCCCUCAUUCACACCCCCCCACACAGGCCUCAAGACGACUACUCGGUGCUGUUCGAGGACACGUCGUACGCAGACGGCUACUCCCCCCCGCUCAACGUGGCUCAGAGAUAUGUGGUCGCCUGCAAAGAGAACAAGAAGAAGUGACCAGCGACGGGAAAUCACAGAUGAUUUCUAUUUUUGUAGGAAAAGAUGCUCGGAAGUAUUUGUCUAAAAAAAUCGAAAUAGGCUUUUGGAGCCGAUUCACCAGGUCAUAAAACACCUGAACAGACAUUUUAAUACUCGUCAUCUUUUUAAUGAGACUGUCAAUAUCAGCACUAAGACCAUGAGGAGUGAACCUGAACGUCUCAUUGGGAACAAAUUUAACUGUGUCCAAAAUUAUACUGCAUACUGUAGUCGUGUGUUCACAGGGGAAAAGUGACAAAUAAAGUAUUAAAGUCUGUCGAUACUGACCAUUUCCCACAAUGCAUUGCACAAAAGCGCUGAAGGAGCUACUCACAGCUAGAACAAGGGUAUUGCAUAUUUGAAAUAUUACUGAAAGAAUUAAUCGUAUUUAAAAAAUAGUUGAGAAUGAUGUGUUUGUAGAUCAGUUCAUUAAAUAAUAGUUUAAACUGAGAGAAAAAUAUGAAAAACGUGUUUUUGAACAGACAAGACACUAAUAAACUAAAACAGUGAGGAAUGCCACAUUGAAACAGUAAAACAAAUGUGGAAUAAGAUAUAUAGUAGGAGUUAUACAUUCAAAUAAAACUAGAUAUUGCAGGUAUUCUAACGCAGAAUACAAAUAAAAGAAGAUGGAGGGGAAAAAAUAUAAGACGCCUGCUUCCAUUAAAGCUGACCUCCUUCAAUUGCUUGUGUAAAACUGCUUUGUGUUUAUUUAUUUUGUAAUUAUUGCAGUAACCAAAUGAAAUGUAUAUUACUGUAUGCAUAAUACAUUUGGACACAGAAGUUGUAUUUUAUUUGGACCUUUUCCCCAGCCAGGAGCAGCAUCUAGUGGCCAGUAAAGGAACGUUUUACUCAUAAACCGGUGGUGGUUGAUCUCCCUUUGAGAGCCUAAACUGUUUAUUUUGUAAUUGUAAAGAGUUGAUAAUUGUUGUGUGAAACAGAAACAACGAUGUUUUCAUGCAUCACUGCUUUGUGUCUUAUUGUCCAUGUUCUAUUUUUAAUAUUCUAAUACUUCUAGUCCACUACAUUUCUCUGGCAGCUUCAGUUACUUUACACAUUUAGAUUUCUACAGACUAAAUGUAGGAAUAGUUUAUUAAUGUCUAAACUUUUUAAACUCAUUAUACAAAACCAGCUAUCACGACAAAAACGGAGACAACACCAUGAUUUAAGUUUAAACAAUAUUUUAUUUAGCAAUUUAAAUAUACAGAUGGGAUGUGAUAAUCAGCAAUCAGUAGCAGUGUGUGAUGAGUGAAGAGUGGGUGUCAAUGUUGUGAAGUGCAAAAGGAUAAACCAACAAAACCAAAGUCUGUCUGUCACGGCUGCCAGGAGUGAGGAGAGCUGAGUUUGAUUAAUUGUUGCCUGCAGGGGAGAGGCAGACACUCAAUGAUGUCCCCCACGUGGGCAUCACAGCUGAAUAUAUUUGUUAUUUGACAGAUGAUUCAUGUGACAAAAUGUUUGACGUUUGAAGUUAUUUUUCAUGUAAAAAUAAACAAUGUAAUGCA